GAUAUGGGGGAAAAACGUGUGUUAAGAUAGAACAUCUUGAACAAAUGAGUAUAGGAUUUGACACUUUGAUAAGAUCGUUAUAUUGAGCACAGCAAACACCAUGACAACUUCGUCUCAAAAGAUCAACUCUGAUAGCACAUCCAUAUAAAUGCUUUCAUCCUUGAUUUGAUUUUUAUUAGAACCUCUCAGCCCAGACCGCCUUUUUUAUAUGACAUAGCAAUCAUUUUACGGAAAAAAUAACUAGAUUGCAUAUCAAAGAAGCCGAUGAUGUAUAAUGUCAAUGCCUAAAGCCUAGAAAAAGCCAAAAGUGACAAAAAGAUGAUGUGCAAUGUUUUACGUGAUGCACAAAUCGAAAUAUCGUAGCCAGGCCUACAUAGUGGUUUUAUUAUCCAUUCAAGACCUAGCUUAAAGGUUGGUGUUCACAUCGGCUAUCCUUAAAUCGUCAUAGUCUAGCUCUACUUUUGCACGGUUUGGAUAUAAAAAGGCUCUAACAAAGGAGACAGCGCCAAGAGUAAAGGAAAGAACUCGCUACUCUUGCCAAGCCUAUGUGUCUCACAACGGCAAUACGCAGCGGAUAAACUGAAGACUAAAGAUCUUCUCAUCCCUGCUUAUUGGAUCUAAGUCAAGGAAGAAGAGGAAUUCCCCUCUAAUGGCUUUCAUCGUGUUUGUGCUUGCAUGUCUGAUUUGGCCUGUGAAUGCUAAGAUUCCUCUUUACGUUGGGGGAUUCUUCCCCCUGAGUCCUAACAAGGCCUCAGUGCCCGGGCAUGCGUUGCUCGCUGCCGCUAAACUCGCGUUGAGCCACGUCAAUAACUCCGACAUCCUCCCUAAUCAUGACUUGCGAAUGAUUAUCAAGAAUUCCAAGUGUGACCCGGCGUACACCGCGAACGCGUUCAUUGACCUCCUGAUGGACGAGCGACCUAGCCUGAUGAUCCUCGGGGCGGCGUGCUCUGACGUCACAGAGAUUCUUGCCGAGCUCUCCGCGUACCGCAACCUAGUCCAGGUCUCAUACGCCUCCCGCUCUCUCGUGUUGUCCAAUCGAGACAAGUACCCAACCCUCUUCCGCACGCUGCCAUCCGAGUCAGCGCGGAACCUGGCCCGAGUGAAUUGGAUUGAGCAGUUUGGCUGGAAGAACAUCGCGCUGUUGUAUGAGAAGACUAGUUCAGAUCUGGCUGGUCAGUCCAACAACCAGGUCAUAGAGGAGCUGAAAAAGCUGAAUUGCUCGGUAGUGUUGUCCCAGCAGAUAUCUGACAACCAACUGGACUUGGACUUGCAAACUCUCACGCGUAACGAUGCCCGUAUCAUCGUGGGUACCUUCUACGAGAGAAAAGCUCGUCAAAUCUUCUGCCAGGCGUUCAAGUCGGGUCUGUACGGCGCGCGCUACGUGUGGCUACUCAUCGGGACGUAUAGCUAUCGCUGGUGGGCUGUACCUGAUAAUGGGGUUGAUUGUACCGUCCAAGAGAUGCAGGCUGCUGUUGCGUACUCAUUCAUCUUCAACAAUCAGAUCUUCUUGGGCGAGGAUGAGCAAGGGAAUGCAAAGAGAGCCAUCUCUGGGGUCACCAAGGCAGAGUACUUCAAGCAGUAUCAGUCCUACCUCCAAGCCGACAAUAUCACCACAGCGCCUAACAUCACCGCAUAUGCUUAUGAUGCCGUGUGGGUCAUCGCAGCGGCCUUGAACCAGACCAUCCCCGUCAUACAACGUAUGGGAAAAAGCAUGGAGAACUUUACCAUCGAUCCGCAGAUUACCGAGGUUUUUUUAUCGGCAAUUCAGAACAUUCAAUUCCAAGGAAUUACGGGUGAGGUUGAAUUUUUCAAUGAUGGAGACAGAUAUGAUGGGAUCGUGGAGAUACUACAACAUUAUCCAGAUGGUACAGCUGUUACGGUGGGUUAUUACUAUCCUAGAGAACGGGAGGUUCGCCUCAUUGGCAAAGGCAAUCUAUGGCCAGAAGGCAAAGUACCGUUGGACCGUACUAUCAAGGUGCGCCAAUUCAUCAAGAUUCCCCUGUGGCUCUACAUCUUUGUCUGUCUCAUGGGAAGCCUCGGUAUAGUACUAGGGCUGGUGUUCCUUGCAUUCAAUAUCAAGUACAGGAAUAAAAGAUACAUCAAACUGUCGAGUCCAAACCUCAACAAUGUUGUCAUCCUGGGCUGUAUCCUAAUCUACUCCACUGUAUUCCUGUAUGGUCUAGAUGGGCGCGUGUCAGAUAAGGUCUUUACAGCGACGUGCAGGGCGAGAUUUUGUCUGUUGUCGCUUGGUUUUACUAUCGGCUUUGGUGCGAUGUUUUCUAAGACUUGGAGAGUCCAUCAAAUAUUCACUAAUGUCAAGAAAGUUAAAAAGGUUGUACGUGAUAAGGAUCUGUUCGGCAUGCUCGGUGUCAUCGUUUUGAUUGACGUGUUGUUGCUGUCCUUGUGGAUGGCGCUGCACCCGCCAAGCAGGAAGGUCAUUGUUCUGGAAGGAUCGAGAAAGUUUUCUAAAGAUCGCGACCACGAGUUUGUGAUGCACCGUGAAGAAUGCACCGGUCCACACUCGCUCCCUUGGCUUGUGACCUUCUACGCCUUUCACAGCCUUCUACUGGUGUUCGGCUUGUUCCUCGCCUUCGAGACGCGCAAGAUAUCCGUUCCGGUGCUGAACGACUCGCGGUUUAUUGGCAUUAGUGUGUAUAAUGUGGUGUUACUAUGCGCUAUUGGCGUACCGUUAUCUCACGUUUCUAGCAGCGAGCCGGCGGCAGGCUUCGCGCUCAUAUGCGCGGUUAUACUGUUCUGUACCACAGUUACCCUCAGCGUCCUCUUUAUACCCAAGGUGAUCCAGAUGUGGAAGGACCCUGAUGGGAACCCUUUGCACGGCACCAUGAUUCCCGGCCGUGGACAGAUGAGCAGUACUGGGAACGAGCUGAGUGUCGUCGAGCAGUUCUCCAAUAAGAAUUCCAGACUGGAGGCUGAGAUUUCUACACUGAAACUCGAAAACAAGCAGCUGAAGAGACAGCUCCCAAUGAAUGAUGGUGACAACCAUCAGAUCAAUUCUCAAAGUUUUGACGACGUGUGUGAAACCAAUGGUCGCCAUGUCAGGUUUGGUGCUGCGAGCCCGUUCAAAGGUCGGGCCAAAACCUGCGUUCAUCGGAAACAGAACUUUGCGGGGGAGUUUGACUCGGUUGAGACUGGGCACCACCAUGCGCAGUCGGAGACUGAGCAACUUCUCUCUGAAAGUCCGCAUAACAUAAGGUUAGCAGUAACGACGAAUGAAGCAUCUCCGUCACCAUGUUUACGGCGAUACAGUCUUCCUUCUCCCAAGCCAAAAUACAUUUUCGAACAAACCGGUCAAACCAGUAAAACUGGUCAAACAGGAGACUCUUGCGGAAAUUGUCUUCCGAAUGCAAAGCUCAAGGAGAGCAUUGUUAAGUGUUCCCAUACGAGAAACGGUUGGGACUUUCCGAGAGUACAGGACAAACCAACAGCUAACGGUCUCAGGACAGAGGUCCAUACUUUUGACGGCCGAAAAUGUAUCUGAUGCCUCGACAAAAACAAGAUAUUUGAAUAAAGCAGUUUUAUAACA